AUGGCUAUCUUCAUGAACUGCAAGUCUUGUUCUGCUAUAACCACCAUUAAUACACAGCCAAACCUUCUUCUCAUAUUCCUCUUUGUUUUAACCACCUUUUCUUGGAACUCAGUUUCAUUCUUUGCCGCAGCUGUUGAUCAAGUCUCUUAUGCUGAUCAUUGUGCUUCAAUUGUUCCCGAGUCAACCCCGAAACCACACGCAAGAGCUGGACAUUUUUUCAAUCACCAGAUAGGUUACUACACUGGUGGCGGCAGUGGAAUUCUUAGUCCAAAUUCGCCAUAUCGGCUCAAUUCGAUUCUAUUUAACACCUGGAAUAUUACAGAAACUAAUGUACAAGGCUUAUUCAAGCUUCAAGCAAAUAUUCAAUUAGAAAGCGCCAGAACACUUUAUUAUGUGGGAGAUUCCACAAGUAGCAGACCUCAAUAUCCUGGUGGCAUCUAUAACUAUAAGGACUCUGGAUCAAAUCAAUAUCAACGAAGAUCAAUGGAGUUUCUGUUAGAUGGGUUCUGGUCAGCAUCUUCAGGGAAGGUUUGUAUGGUUGGAUCAGGUAGUGGUAAUUACUUGAAUGAACGUAAUUCUUUGCAAAAUCUUUAUGUUGUUCUUAAGCUCUAUAAUCUCAUGAAUUCCACUAGUAUUACUAGUUUGACUAGUGGAACCUUAGAGAGCUUGUCUAAGAAUGAUCCAAAUAACUUUGAACCAGUCUCCAUUUUGAUGCUUCCUAGAAUGAACUACCAGUACACUCUGGUUUCAAAUAAAUCUGAUAACAGCUUCCCUAGUACUGGAAGUGAUGAUCCCAAAAGUUCUUUGCAAAUACAGACAUUUUGUUCAACACUUUCCAGAAAAGUACUUGAUUAUGAUUUUGAUCUCAAAUAUUCAAGCCAUUGCGUUUCUGCAAAGAGCUGCACUCCGUUUGUUGCUUCUGAUGUGCUGCACAUUGUGUCUUUGAAGCCUAUUGAGUGUUUCGAGGAUACACGAAGGUUGAGAGUUCUGGUGAAAUUUUCAGACAGUGGCACUGUCUGGUAUCGGAGGAGUUUCGAUCCCAAUACAGCGUUGGUUGGGGAAGGCGCAUGGGAUGCAAGGAAAAAUCAGCUGUUUCUUGUUGCUUGCCAAUUCUUAGAUGCAGCAGGUUCUUGGAAUAAUACUCAUGUGGGCGAUUGUUCAACAAGAUUGAACUUCAGAUUUCCUGCAAUAUGGACUAUUGGAAGCACUAGUGGGGUUGUAGGGCAAAUUUGGAGCAAGAAGACUGUGACAGAGUCAGGUUAUUUCGAAAAGAUCACAUUUGAAAGCAAUCAGAAUGAACGUAGAAGAAUUCUACUUCCAGGUCAGAAAUAUGAGUAUACUCAAAUUGAAAAAGUAACCAAGUUGUGCCCAAUAUUGAAGACUGGCGCUAAUGCUAAUAGCAAGACUAACACAUACCCAAAUCCGUUAUCUUAUGACAUGCGAUUCGAUAUGUCAGCUAAAAAUUCUAGAGGAGGAGUUUCUUGGGGCAGUUCUGUCCCUCUCUCAGUUGGCAGCCAGUUUUACCACCAGAAUUGGUAUGCAAUGAGAAAUUCAAACUCAGUUGCAAGCACUGAAGGGUACUCUGUGGAUUCUGUGAGUGCACAUGUGAGCUAUAGCUGCAACCACAGGAUCACCUACAAUAUUAGCUACAAAAUUAGCAUCAAACUGACAUCUUAUGCAAAGUGGGGAAAUACAUCAACAGUACACGAAGUGCAGAUUUCUGCUGAAGGGAUCUAUGAUGAAACCGAAGGAAGCCUGUGUAUGGUAGGCUGUAGAAAUCUGGGCUCAAAUAAUGUACAACCAACAACUGAUUCUGUUGAUUGUGAAAUUGUUGUCAAAUUUCAGUUCCCUCCAGCAAAUUCUUCUGGUUUUAUUAAGGGAAGCAUUGAAAGCACGCGAAAAAAGUCCGACCCUCAUUAUUUUGAACAUUUGGAUCUCUCUUCAGCUGCCAGUUAUGUGGAUGAAGCAAAGCUAUCCAUUUGGUGGAUUGAUGUGGAGAUCAGCUUGGCUCUUAUAUCCACCACACUUGCAUGUAUUUUUGUGGCAUUGCAACUCUUCCAUGUGAAAAGACAUCCUGAUGUGCUUCCUUCCAUUUCCAUUUUCAUGCUACUUCUUCUAACCCUGGCCUACAUGGUUCCUCUUAUGUUAAAUAAUGAAGCCAUGCUCACAAACAACACCAACCACAGAAAAGUAUUCCUUGGACGCGGUGGAGGGCUUGAAGUUAAUGAGGUGAUUGUAAGUACAAUAACCAUGGUAGGUUUCUUGUUGAAACUGCGUCUUCUGAGCCUAACAUGGUUAGCAAAAUCCGCGAACAACGGUCCCCAAAACAAGCUCUGGUUCAUGGAGAAGAAGGCUUUCAUUGUGGCUUUACCAGUAUAUUUGGCAGGAGCCUUAGCUGCUUUGCUUCUGAUGAAUUGGAGGAAGAUUAGCACCAACAGCGAUGUUCCAGUGCUUUCAGGUUAUCAAGAGCACCCCUUGUUGGGUGCCUUGAAAUCUUAUGCUGGUUUGGUUUUGGAUGGUUUUUUGUUGCCUCAAAUUCUACUCAACAUGUUCUGCAAAUCAAAGAAGAAUGCUCUGUCUGUUUCGUUCUACAUCGGAACAACUUUUGUUCGAGUUCUGCCACAUGCAUAUGAUCUUUACAGGGCUCAAAACUCUGCUCAUCACCCAUUGAAUGGAUCAUACAUUUAUGCAAGUCCUGUGGCAGAUUUUUACUCUACUCCUUGGGAUGCGAUCAUUCCUUUUGGAGGUCUAUUGUUUGCUGGGAUCAUUUACUUGCAGCAGAAGUUUGGGGGUCUUUGCAUUCUUCCUCAAAAGUGGAGAGAGUUGGGUGAAUAUGAGAAGCUCCCUACUGUUACUGAAGGGUAA